GCAUCACCCCGACUUUUCGAGCGCUCGCUGCGGAAAGCCCGAGCAAAGCCGCCAUGGUGCCCAGCGCGCGUGUGACUCCAGCGAUCGCCUUUACCCAGCCUUUGCCGGUUGCAAGCCGCGUGGACAGUGCUCGCAUCCACCUGCUGCAGGGCCUAAAGUGGACAGCGGGCAUCGCGGUGCUCGGAUGGGGGGUUGUCCGAUUGAGACGCCGCACUGCUGAAAGGCGCAUCCCGAGACAUUCCAUUCCAGAGGACUUCCGAGCAGCCGGUGUGAUCUUUUACACCGUGGCCGCAUCGCAACAGAUAGGUAAGAUUCUGCUGGGCAUCGAGGAGCGCCGAGUCCGUUUGCGAGAAUUAGGCUUGGGGUCUGGCUCUGGCCAGAAGAGGGUUCUGCUCUUUCCACAAGGGAAGCGAGAACCCGAGGAUGCGGACUUUGUGGCCACGGCUCGGCGCGAAUUUGUGGAGGAGACGGGAGAUCCUACAGAACUGGCCCACCACUUGCAAGGUUCUGUAGAAUCCACCUGGUUUCCGGAUGCCAAGAUGGCCGUGGUCUUUUGCGAGGUGCCUGCACCUGAAGCUGACCAAGAUUUCCCCCAGCACCCGCAGGCCCGGCCAGAGCGGCCACAGCCUCACCGGCGGCAGCAAGCGCGGCAGCAGGAGAAGCAAGCCCAGCAGAAGGCGCCACUUCCUUUGCAGCCCAUAUGGGUGGAGGCCUCUGACCUACGUGCAGCCCUGGCAGGCGCAGGUGUGGUGGACACGGAGCUGGGGCGCUUCCACUUGUUCCCCGUCACCCGGAAGUUCUUUCAGCUUGGCGAUGCGCGGCAAUGGCUGGGCGUUCCAGGACGACGACGCUAGCAGAGAGGCCCAAAAA